AUUAGUUUUGAUUUUCUUUCUUAGAAACAAAUUCAAAUUAGUGUUUACAUCACAUUAACAUGAUACCAAACUUUGUCACGAAUUCAGCACAUGCACUAUAUAUAUACCCAUUGUAUUUAUAUUUACAUACACUAAACACAUUUAUAGAAGAUUAUUAUUAUUAUUAGCAUCAUGAUAAAAAAGAAAAUAGAAAACCACCCCUUCCAUCCAAACCACUCAUUGAUCCUCAUAGAUGAUAAUGAACACCACAACACAGAGCGUUGCAGCACAUGUAGUAGAACAAGUUUUUCAUCAAACCAUAUUUACCAUUGCGAGGAAUACCCAGAUUGCAAAUUCAAAUUAUGCUUGGAAUGCUCUAAUUUGGAGCCAAACAUCCACUAUCCAGGGCACCAACACAAGCUCUGUUUCAUGGAGAAAGUCACAGCAACCACGGAAAAAGAAGAUGAAGAAGAUGAGGAUGUAAUAGUGGAGUGCAAUGCUGAUGAUGGUUAUUGUAAACGAGAUUUUGUGUGCGACGAGGUUGAUCGAACCUCAUACUCGUUCAUCUUGCGAUGUGUCCCCUGCAAUUUCAACAUCGUUCACUUGUUGUGUGGCCCUUUGCCACGCACCAUUAGUUACGAGUAUCACGUUCACCCUCUUGUUCUUACUCGCUCGGUUAUUGAUAACAGAGAUGAUGAUGAUGAUGAUGAUGGUGGUGAUGGUGAAUUUUACUGUGAUAUUUGCGAAGAUACUAGAGAUGAACGUGUUUGUGUUUAUUAUUGUGGCGACUGCAAAUUCGUUGCUCAUGUUCAUUGUUUACUUCCUCAGAUUACAAGUGCACUAAAAGCAAGUGUUGAAGAUAGAGACCUUAUAAUUGUGAGUACAACAAGUAAUGGAAUCAACGACACAGAUGACGAGGUUGACAAAAAUGAUAACAUGACCUUAAACGACCUCAUUAAAAACUUAACCGACCAAGACAAAGAAACCUUCGAAGAACACUUUUAUUGGAACACUACCAACAAUGUGGUUUUCGAUCAUAACACUGAUGGAGAAAGCCAUGGAAUCAGACUACCAGAAAAAUACAUUGUCCCACAUUCACCUGAGGAUUUGGAUAAACAAGUUUACAAGUUUGACACAUACUGUAACUUUAGAAGGUUGAAACUAGACACUAAUGGUUUGGAUGUGAAAGUUGUUACGGUUAAGAAUUACAAGGUUGCUUGGUAUUUACGUAAUGUUUUAAAGAAUUUGCUUGAAAAGCAUGAAGAUGUUAUCGAUGAAGAAUCGAAACUAAGUGUGGAUAUGAAGAGUGUUGCCUUACAUUUUCUGUGUCGUGUCAUUUAUGACAUGCAAAGAACAAGGAAGAGAGAUAUUAGUGAAGAGGUUAUUAGAGAAUGGUACGGUUAUCUCAAGUUUGUGAGGCGUAUGGGUCUUAGAAUUAUGUUUGUGUACGAACAACUUGAGAAAAUUAAGCGUGAUUUUGUCUCUUUAAUUCCAAGUAGACUUGAAAGUGAAAUUCCUAAUGAAUUGCGCCAGAAAAAGUCACUGCUCCAAAAACAGAUCGAGAAAGUUGAGAGUGAUCUUGAUAAAUGUAAGGAGUAUUCUAGUAGUAGUUCUUUUGGAGUACAACGUUUGAGACUCGAUAACAAGUAACAACUACUACUCUUAUGGGGAUAAUGGGGUCUCAAAAUUGAUGCAGGGUAUCAAAUGGAAUAAUUAUAUGUGUGUGUGUGUUUAUUAAUUUCUUUUGUUCAAUAAGAUUGUGAUUGUGUAAGUGUGUUGUAUUGAAUUUGGGAUUAAAAUAAAGACAAAAAGUUCUUAUAAAGGUUCUAAGCCGGGGAACAAAUGAGAACGAGGCAAGAACACACUAUAUAAUAUAAUGGAUAAAUAGCAGCAUAAGUACCUAAAGUUUUAUGUUUGUAAGUGGCAUAAAUUUAAUGUUUAUUUUUAGCGGCAUAAGUACCCAAUAUUUGUAAAACUGUAAUUUUCUUUCAGUUUCGUCAAUACAAACUCUGUUUUGAAUUUAUUGAAAAAACAUGAAAGUAA